AUGUCGCGCUUUCGACUGGAGAGUGACGGCGACGCCGUGAUGACAGUGCCCCAGCCGAUAUUCGAGGUCGUCUUACCGCCGAAACUCGAGGCCUGGGACCAAGCGUCGUUGGUCACAUGGAGAAGAGCGCGUGAGCAGUAUGAAGAGACUGAAAGAGCGGUGUCAGUGGUCUGGUGA